AGGGAGCCUAUCUUGCGCAGACUGGGUACUGUACAUGGCCAUUGAUGCUGCUGGAUAGAUGUAGCCCCUGAUGUAAAUAAGAAUGGCGAGGGCAGCGGGUCUAACGUGCAGCGUUAUCUCUGCUUGACAUCGGAACAUUUUAUGCCACCAUCGGGGAUUUUAUAAAACGCGUGGCCCUUUUCUCGCUUUCAUCUGAAUCCUGCCUUCACAGCUCGCCCGAUGAUUUUCAUUUGACACAAGAGCCAAAGCAGACGGGCGGCUUCUUCUAAUAAACACUCGGGAAAAACAGGUCAUUAUGACCUUAGUAUCCUCCAGUAAAAGAAAACCAUCGGAUUGCUUUUACGCGGCAGCAUUCUGCUUGCAUUUUUUGCUUUGGAUUUCGUGUGCCGUGUCCGGAGAGGAGGAUCAUCAGUUCAGCGUUGAGGGAUGGCUACAGAGGUAUGGCUACCUUCCCCGCACAGAACCGGGAAUGUCUGUCCUGCGCUCGGCCCAAACCAUGCACUCAGCCAUUGCUGCCAUGCAGCGCGUCUAUGGUCUCAAUGUCACAGGGACACUGGAUGAGAGAACCAAGGAUGAUAUCACGCUGAGUUGGAUGCAAAAGCCUCGCUGUGGAGUUCCGGACAAAUUUAAAAGUGCUUCGAGGUCACGGAAGCGGAGAUACGCACUGACGGGACAGAAGUGGCAGCGUACACACAUCACCUACAGCAUAAAAAAUGUCACGCCAAAGGUGGGCCCCCGGGAGACUCACGAUGCCAUCCGCCGGGCGUUUGACGUGUGGCAGGGUGUGACUCCCCUACGCUUUGAGGCCGUUCCAUACAGCGCCCUGGAGACUGGCAGGCGUGACGUGGACAUCACCAUCAUCUUUGCUUCGGGUUUUCACGGCGACAGCUCACCCUUCGACGGGGAGGGGGGAUUCCUCGCUCACGCCUAUUUCCCGGGCCCAGGCAUAGGAGGGGACACACACUUUGACUCAGAUGAGCCCUGGACCCUGGGGAACCCCAACCAUGAUGGUAACGACCUGUUCUUGGUUGCGGUGCAUGAGCUGGGCCACGCCCUUGGUCUGGAACACUCUAAUGACCCCACUGCUAUCAUGGCUCCUUUCUACCAGUACAUGGACACAGAGAACUUCAAACUACCUCACGACGACCUACAGGGCAUCCAGAAAAUCUAUGGUCCACCAGAUAGAGCACCGCAGCCUACCAGGCCCCCACCCACGGUCCCACCUCCUCGCUUCCACCCACCCUCAGACCCCCGUAAGCAUGACCGCCACGCCAGACCCCAUCGCCCCCCACAGGGAGCCAAGCCCUCCAACCCCAACUCCAAACCCAACAUAUGUGAUGGAGGCUUCAACACCUUGGCGAUCCUCCGACAAGAACUUUUUGUGUUCAAGGACCAGUGGUUUUGGAGGGUACGGGACAACUCAGUGGUCCCUGGCUACCCCAUGCAGAUCAACUACUUCUGGAAAGGCUUGCCUGCCAAAAUUGAUGCCGUGUAUGAAAAUAGCGAAGGGAAGUUUGUCUUUUUCAAAGGAAACCGUUUCUGGGUCUUCAAGGACACAACUCUCCAGCCUUCGUACCCUCAGGACAUCUCGCUGUUCGGGAGUGGCAUGCCCACUCAGAGUAUCGAGACAGCUGUCUGGUGGGAGGAUGUCGCCAAAACCUACUUCUUCAAAGGAGACAGAUACUGGAGGUACAAUGAGGACAUGAGGACCAUGGAUCCAGGUUAUCCCAAACCCAUCACCAUCUGGAAGGGCAUCCCUGACUCUCCACAGGGGGCUUUUGUGGAUAAGGCCAAUGGCUUUACCUACUUCUACAAGGGAAAGGAGUACUGGAAGUUCAACAACCAGCUGCUUCGAGUGGAGCCUGGCUACCCGAGGUCCAUCCUGAGGGACUUCAUGGGCUGUGACGGUCUACCUGCCGACCCUGACUGGGACUGGAGCCCUCCGGUGGCGGAGGAACGCCACUACGACAAUGGCGACCCGGACGUUGUCAUCAAACUGGACAGCGCGGGGGGGACGGAGAAAGCAGUGGCCAUCGCUAUCCCCUGUGUCCUGGCGCUGUGCAUGAUGGUCCUCCUCUACACCGUUUUCCAGUUCAGGAGGAAGAGCACACAGCGCCACAUACUGUAUUGCAAGCGCUCCAUGCAGGAGUGGGUCUGAGGGACUGUUACUGCACUGUAUAGAGAAGGGUGUGAAGCUCUGAUAAAGGUCUAGUUAUUACUUGAAGCCCUAAGUACAGUAAUUGGAAGCACUGUAAAGGGUACAGUACAUAAGGAUUGCCAUGUUGGCAGAUUUAAAAACUGCUUGAACUCAUAACGUGCAAGCUGCAAGGAAGCAAAAUGAUCAGCGGAACUCAUCUGAAGACAGUGAGGGAGCCAAUUCUCCUGUGUCCAACUAAUAUGUAUGUAUCUGCUUUGACUUUUUUCUGUAUCUUGGAAUGAACUCAAUUAAGUGAGACAGAGUUAAGCUACUGUAAGUGGGACCUUUGUCUAUCCUCGUCUCUGCACGCCGCUUAAUAAGCCCCUAGCACUAACUUCAGUGGACAAAUUAGAUAUAGGCUUCUACUUUACUUUCAUUUCUUAAUUAAAUUGCUCUGAGCUGUGCUUUUUUUUAUUUAGGGUCCAUGUAAAAGAUUAUUCAUUGUGUGGAGGACUGAUACACAAACCAAAUAUGACCUUUUCUUCCAAAGAGGAUUACUGCUCGAUGUUGUUUUUGAUGGGAUAUUUUUCCUCCAUGGAUCAAACAUUGUGGCAUCAUACACAGAUUUUCUUUUGCUAUUGGUAUUCACAUCCACCCGUCUGCUCUGUAAUCUGUGGGGAUAGGAGGCAGCCGAUAGUAAGAGCUAGGAACUCAAGACUGUGGUGGCAGUCUAUCUCCAAAACAGGGGCCAAAAACCUCUCUGCAAUAUUUAUGAGACUGCCUUAAUCACAGAUUGCUUAAACUCCCUUCUCUUUCUCUCUGUUUCUCUCUGGUCUGGAAAACUGGAUGCUGAUUGACACAGUAGGAAUACGAACAGCAUAUGAAGGCGAUAAUUACUGCCCAUAAUGCAAUUUCCACCAAACCAGUAAUUAAGGACAGUUUGAUCCACAAUGGGUUCAUUACUCUUAAAAAUGUUUUAAGCUGUUGGCAAGUAGGCUAUAAGCUUUCAUUUUCUGCCUCAGCGGAGGAUAUGAGAGAGAAAGGGAAGGUUAGUUGUGUGUCUGAAAGAGACAGUAAUUACCCACACCAUACACUGUAUGUACUGUACUGUACUGUAGUGUGUUAUUGAACAGCUAACAUCCUGCUUCCCUUUUUUUCCUGCCAAGUUUGGACACUAAUACUCCAAACAGUGUCAGUCCAUACAUUUUGAACAGCUUUACUAAUCCAUAUUUUGUUUUUUGUUUUUUUCAACUUUUAUACAAGGUUUGUAAGUUUACAUAAUAUUUCACAUAGCACAGGACACAGAGAAGGAGGGGGGGAAAAAGAGAAAGGAAGAACUACUUGUACCCAUUUUUAAAAUGAGACAUGUACAGUGCUUCUCAUAAAAUAAAGUCAUCCAACGCAUCUCUAGUUACCACAGGCACACCGGCCUCGUAUCAAUGGCCAAUGCUUUUGCUCAGAUUGCUCCAUCUUCUCUUUAAGUUAAUGCAAAUUGUAAAGAAGAAAACACGUCUAAACAACAACAGGAAUUACUCUGCAGAAAUAAAGAAACGUAUUGUUGUCUGAAUUAUGGAUGUUAGGAAAAAAGUUACACCGGUUUCGCCUGUGUGUAAUAAUGGAACCAGGUGGUUUUAUACACUGUAAUUGUAAUUAUCCAUUAUACAAAAAUACUUAUGUUAUAUUAACAAAUUACUAAUAAAUGUUUAUAGAACUACUCUAACAUUGUUGGAAUUAACAGGCAUAUCGGAAAAACCAAAACCAGCUAAAUUAAGUCGGAAGACAAAUAUUUCACAUAUAUAUCAUGAUGUAUGAUGUUACAUAUAUAGGACAUCGUACAUAAAGCAUAAUAUGUUUCAAAGAGUUUAAUUAGCUAAGUAUGAGAAACAAUUAAAUAAAGCAUAACAAAAGGCAGACUCUCUCCAAGGUGAGAUGGAGCUAAACUGAGCAGGAGGUUUUUCUAUCCUCAUGUAUUGUAAUAAAAUUUCAAUACACAGCCUGGAUCAUAAUGAAGUAUAUUGUCUCGCAAUUGCCUUUGACUGCUGCCAUACAUGUAACAAUGUGGUUGUGUGGUGUAGCGUUUUUCAGAGUUUGCCAGUCACCUGUCUGUGAGCAUUCAUGAUGUGAUUUUUUUAAAUAUUUGUGCUCAUUGAUUUUGUUACUCUUUUACUUGAAAGAUAUGCUCAUCAACAUAAACUGUACAGGAUAUCUGACAUAAUCUUCCAUUGAUAUCAAGGCAAUGCCAUUUUACGACAUAUCACCGAGGGAAUUAGAGAUUUUAAAAUGUACUUCCUCUCAGAUCUAUGAAUUAGGGUAAAUGGGUUGGAUCACGAUUGAUGGGUUGGACGUUGAUUAGAUGGUGGUUUUAUCUUGUCAUCGUUCAUAAUGAAUAAAAACCCCUAAAACCUGAGGGCAAUGCAUGCCGUUGUUAAACUAAGAUGUCAUUCUGUUCACCAUAGAUCAGAUUCAGAUUCUCUUGUACUAUUCCGUCUUUCCUGUUAAAAUGAAGCGAUUGACAUUGCAGGUUUCUGUUGGAUGCAUUGACAGAUCCAAACUCUCAUUUUUUAUAAACCAUGUGAAAUUACUAGCUUCCAGUCUACCCUCCGUGUACCAAUCUUCAGGCGAUUGUCAGAAUGAUGAAAGAAAAUGAACACCCAUUUAAAGAAAGGAAACAUCUUUGCUUUCCCUAAAGCUGAAUUGUACAUCACACAUCAGUCCAUGCUGAUCAAUGACCACUGUAAUUUAAGGUGGAAGCAAAAACCUUUGGCUCAGUGUUGUGUGUGACGUCUUAUCAGUUUGUGUGUUUGUGGUGAGGGUCUGAUGGCUCCAGCGAGUGUGACUUAAAGACGGCCAGUGAGGCGGGUCGGUACUAUAUUUAUUGCCGUAUUUAUUCCUCUGUGCUCAGCACCUUGAAUCUUGCAUUGCAUUGUACUGAGGGCAAGAAGCUGUCAAUAAAGUGGGUUUGAAAUGCAAUGUUUUUUUUUUUUGGUCUUGCCACUUCCAAGUAAUCCCCCUCCUUCUGUUACUGCCUCAACAACAAACAAAUCAUCUGGUGUGAAUGUUUUUCCAUCUUUGAGAGGUAAAUCACAGAUUUGUAAAGGUUCCAUAUUUACAAUGGUCUUUUUGACACUUAAAUCACUUGAAAAACCUGACAUUUUAGAUGUGGAUGGAGUGUAAUCAGGAAGUCUCAAUGCUAUGACCUGUCCUUGUUUAUCUCCAGACUUUUUUUGUCUGCCUUGACACACGCUGCUAAGCAUUAGUCAUUAAAGGAAGUAGAUGAGGGCAAUUAGACAGCAGUCGAUACACCACAGAGGCAAGGAAGAGACGAGGAGCAUUUUGCAAUAAUUGCAAUCAAGAUCUCAUACACGGAUACAUGCAGUAUAUACUCCAAGGCAUAGUGUAUGAGAAGUUAACAUAUUGCAUAAUAUGUACAUAAAGAGUGUAUACUGUCUGCUUGGGAGAAUUCUGUUUUUAAUCCAUCCAUUCCAUGGAUAAAGAAA